AUGGAUGAUAGGUCAAUAGUUGGACCGCCACCAAUUAAACUACAUUCCCACCAAAUCCGCGCACGCAGAUCUGAACCCCACUCCGCCAUAUCCCCGCUCGCUGAAAACCCUGAUUCCAUUAUGGAGGAGGCGUUGGAGUUGGCACGUGCUAAGGACACGAAGGAGAGAAUGGCGGGUGUGGAGAGACUCCACCAACUUCUAGAAGCUUCUAGAAAGAAUCUGUCGUCGUCGGAAGUGACUUCGCUCGUCGAUGUGUGCUUGGAUCUCUUGAAAGACAACAACUUUAGGGUUUCUCAGGGGGCACUCCUAGCUCUCGCCUCCGCUGCUGUUCUUUCCGGUGAUCACUUGAAACUUCACUUCAAUGCCGUAGUUCCGGCAAUCGUUGAAAGAUUGGGCGAUGGUAAACAGCCAGUUCGCGAUGCCUCUCGGCGGCUCUUGCUCACUCUCAUGGAGAUUUCUUCACCAACCCUAAUCGUGGAAAGAGCAGGGUCUUAUGCCUGGACACACAAAAGCUGGCGAGUUCGCGAAGAGUUUGCACGGACUGUCACAUCGGCUAUUGGUCUUUUUGCAUCUACAGAGCUCCCUCUUCAACGUGCUAUUCUGCCUCCUAUUUUGCAGAUGUUAAACGACUCAAAUCCUGGUGUUAGGGAUGGAGCUAUAUCGUGCAUUGAGCAAAAUAGAGGUACUCUUGAUGAGUUUGUGCUUCUCAUUCUUAAGGUUGUUAUAUUGAUUUCCAAAAACCCACAGUUGUCUCACAGGCAUUUUGGCCUGAAGACAGCUCAAAAGAGGUGCCUAAGACUCGCAUCAAAUAUUAGAUUCCAGAUUACCAGCACUGCUGCCAAUCCAAGGCUGAAUUUCACUUUACAUAGACACUUCGACGGCCAUUCCUUGAAUUUGGCAGAAAUGCUGUUAGAGGAAAUGAAUAUGAGCUAUGAAUCUUGUUGCACAUUUGGAAUUGGUUUUAUU